UUUUGUGUCGCGUUUUAUGUCUCGGCUUUAAUGCUGAGUUUGAAGCUGUGGGCUUCAAACGUGGAAAAAAGUAGUCCGACGGAAAGCUUUGCACGAGCGUUUCAACGAAGAGGUGGGCAGAUGAGACGUCGGUGUGCGCUGCGAUUCUCUCCAAACGACGAGACGCGAGGAGUAAACAUGCAUAACACGACCCGUCGCCGCGAUCUCCAUUGAUGCAAAUCUCUACACAGGAGGGACAUGGCUGCUGUGCCUAUUGUUGGAGUUCACGUUUAAGUCUGUUGUUAAACUAAAGCAAGUCUCCCAGCAUUCUGAAGACAUGAACAUGUACGCUGUGCCCAGCCCAGGAAUACCUGGGUGUCCACCAGGAUUAGAGUACCUGACAACUGUGGAUCAGCUCCUCAUCAAACAGAAGGUUGAGGUUGUUGAAGCCCUAGUCGGUUUUGAAAGCAAUAACAAGUAUGAGGUGCGAAACGUCAUGGGUCAGAAUGUGUUCUAUGCCGUCGAGGAGAACGACUGCCUGAGCCGGCAGUGCUGUGGCCCCGUGCGGCCCUUUAACAUCCAUGUCCUUGACAACUUUGGCCAGGAGAUCAUCAGCGUCACCAGGCCGCUGAAGUGCAUGUCUUGCUUCUUCCCAUGCUGUUUACAAGAACUCGAGGUGCAGGCUCCGCCCGGUAACACAGUGGGCUAUGUGAUACAGCAGUGGCAUCCAUUGUCUCCUAAAUUUAUCGUAGCAAAUGAACACAAUGAACCUGUACUGAAGAUCCAUGGGCCCUUCUGUGGCUGGAGCUGCCUUCCUGAUGUUGACUUCGAGAUUUUGACAAUGGACGAAGUCAGCAAGAUUGGAAAAAUCAGCAAACAGUGGACAGGACUGCUACGGGAGGCAUUCACAGACGCUGACAACUUCGGCAUCCAGUUUCCCAUGGAUCUGGAUGUGAGGAUGAAAGCUGUUAUGAUCGGCGCAUGUUUUCUCAUCGAUUUCAUGUUUUUUGAGACUACCAACUGAGACUAGGAGCCAAGCAGGAUUUCUACAUCACAUUCCUGGAGGAACAAGGCCACAAAGCCAUGAUGAUCAGUCCCAAAAUGCAGUCCGAUCAAACAACCUUCAGUAAAUAGAAUACAAAAAUGAGCCCAAAAGUUCUAACAUUGCAUGAACAAUGAAAUGUAGAAGGUUUGUUUUUGCUUCAGCUGCUCAGGUUCGUUGGUCAUGUUUCUGUGGCUGUGUGGGUUCUGUUAUUAUUUUUUGAUUUUUUUGAAUAGCAGUGAUUGUAUGGAUGUUGCUGUGUUUAUUUUUAGGGUGUAUUUACAUGAUGGUUACUGAUUCCAUAUUGAGCCCAAGAGUUUUAAUAACUACUAUGAAAGAUUACUUUAUUAUUUUUUUUACAGUAAGAAGACACUGGUUUAAGAUUUAGAAAAGGAAAAACAGCCAUGUUCUGUUACACAAACUAUCAAAAGUAUCCUAAAAGAAUUUUCAGACAUUUAACACACGUUGCCAAUUUUGUAGGUAUGUUAGGUGGUGUGGUAAAGGAUUCAAGUAAUAUAGAAGUUUGGAUUUGUGAAAAGCAAACAAGCUUUGAGUGUGUGUUAAGUGAUUCAUAUACUGUAAUGUUUUGAUGUUUUGCAGCAUCUAUAAUUUUAUUUACACAGUUGAUAUUUUAUUUUUUUAGGGAUGAACUGUAGCUUCUUAUGACAUGUCAGCAGUGACCAGGAGAGGGAGCUAGAUAAUUACUUAGUAUUGGUUCAUUUUUGCAAAUGAACAAUUUCAAAACUCACUAAUAGUUGGUUAUCUAUUUAUUAUUUUUCCAUGCUAAUCUGUACAUUUGGACAAACUCAGGUUGAAAUGCAUACUGCUGUACUGUAGUUCUGAUUACUGCUGAUUCUAAAAAUUAUGCACCUGCAUUUAAUUCUAUCAAGAUGAU